CAUAUAUUUUUUAAAUCAAUAUUUGUAAUAGCGAUCGUAUAGUUGAAGAUUUUGGUAUCUGUUGUAAUAAACUUCAAAGCUCUAACACUUUGCAUCAAAUUAGGAUUGCGGAUUACGGUUAUAAAGUCUUUAAAAAUGUAAACAACUUUAAGAAAGAUAAUGUAGUAACGUAAAUAAGGAAUAGGUACCUAUGUAUGUAGUUACAAUUACAUACUUACAUAGCGUGUGAAAUAUUGUAUACAUAUUUACUAUUUAACGAUCUGAUAUAAAGUAUCCUCUAUUACUCACCGCUAUCGACGUUAUAAAACGUAUUCCAAAAAAGUUCUGCUGAAGAAAUUACAAUAAAAAUCAAUCUCUUCUCUAAGAUAUGUAAGUACAUAACUUUUUCAAAUAGUAUUUCCAGCUUUUUAACAUAAGCGGAAAAUUAUAAUCAGACUUUAUUAAAAAGAUAAAGCUACUAAACUAUAUCUGCAUAAAAAAUUAUACGUACCUACAUGUAUUUAAUCACAUGUAAGUAUAAGUAUCCGCUUAAAAAUUCCAAAUACAAGUGUUAUAUAAAACAGUAAAUUGUUUAUACGUUGUAACAUGAGAAGUUUCUAAAGUUAAUAAGUUUCCUUUUUUUCUGAAAUGAUUUUCUUAAAAUCAAUUAAGGUAUAUGACUACGUAGAGAUGAGAUAUUAUUUAAAAAAACAAUAUCACUGCGAUGAAUUACAAUCUCCAUGAUAAUCCUGAACCUUUUUACGUUUUGAUUUUAUUGCUAUAUAGGUAGUACUUAACUAUCAACUAUUUUCCCUAUUAGGUUGGUUAUUAGUUGGUUGGUUCAACUUUGCAGAAGAACGUAUACAUGAUGUAACGAAUUAUAAACAAAUUCCUAUUUAAGACAUAUACAUAUGCCUUAUUUAGUUUAGUAUUUAGGAACUGUUGUAGACCGAAAGAACCCUUUCUUCUAAGAAAAUUACUUUCACCUUUUAUUUCGUUGGCAAAGUUUGUAUAAAAUAAAGCGGAAAGGAUAGAAGCAAAAAUGCGAGGUCGAGUUCCCCCGUUUACUGUCCAAGAAAUUAAAAGAAGGGAAAGGUUUGCGUUUGCACGCAGGUUUGAACAGCGUGUAAGUACAUAUGGUCCACCUGCAAAAGGGAGCCAACACCUGUCACGCACACCAACCACGGCCAAUGGUUUACAGCACGGCAAGCAAGUAGAUUCAAAGUGGGGGAUUAUCAGGGCUUUCGUUACCCCUUGGUACUAGUUUCAUUCGAACGAUCAUGCGGUUUACAUGUUUUGUUCUAUACAUUGGUGAGAAUGUACGUAUAUAAUGUAAUAAAUCGUAAUCGGAUUCAUGUUCUCAAGUUUUUUUGUAAAUUCGCAUAAAUGUUUGUUUUACUGUGAAGGAUCUUAAUUUGCGUUCGAUGUAUUACCUUGGGGAACGUUUAGAGUUAUGUAUAGAUAUGGAUACUUUCAUCCAGGCUCUGAGCACGCCUUCGAUACAUAUGCGAUGAAAAAUGGUGAAAAUGAAGGCAGAAUCGAUCGAUACUAAGAAACCAACGAAUCGUGGUGUAUCAAUUAUGAAAGAAAAUAUGCAUGAUGACGAUUACGGCGUUGAGGCAGAAUUGACAAGUCUUUCAUGGCUACAAUCGCUUGACAUUACAAGUGCUUCUAGUUUGCCAACACCACCCUGUUCUCCAUCUCCACCUCCUGUAACGCGACAGCCAAGAAAGAAACUUUCACCCCUAAUUAAGGCCGAAUUAGAUCUGGCUGCAAAUGCCGAGAAGUAUCGAACUGACCCUGACGCAAAACCGCCAUUUUCGUAUGCGACGAUCAUUUGCUUGGCGAUGCGUGCAAAUAAUAACAAAGUGUCCCUUUCAAAUAUAUAUGCAUGGAUUCGAGAAAACUUCUUAUUUUAUAAAUAUGCUGAUCCAGCUUGGCAGAACUCAAUUCGACACAAUCUAUCAUUGAACAAGUGUUUUGUCAAGUUACCACGUUCGAAGGAUGAACCAGGCAAAGGUGGUUUCUGGAAGUUAGAUUUGGAAAGAAUGGAAGAAGGUAGAAAAUCGAAGCGACGCGCAACAAUGUCUCAACGAAUUCGUGGAUCAAAGAAGCUAACAGCUGCAAAGACGAUGGUAACGAACAAUAUUCAAAGCAAUGGCGCCCCAUCGAUCAACUGUCCGUCAACGUUAUACGAGACACCGCCCAGUAGCGUAUCUCCUCCAAUUCCAGACUGUCUCUCAGAAAUUCCCGAUUCUACCCAAGUUAGUUUAAGCGAAGAUGAUCUCACUGGUUUGUUAAUCGCUACUGCGGGUUGGGAUGAGAAUCAGUUGGAUCUCUUAGAUUCUCUUCUUGAUACUCUUUAAAAGAUUGGCCGGUUAAAGCCUUUUGUACACAAACUCUGACAUUUAUAUUUAACUUUCUUAACUACUCGUUAUCCUACAAAUUUAUAGAUACGUUUACAAUCUUUUUCACGAAUAUGAAACAAAUUUAAGUAAGCGGCUUCAGUUUCUAAAGGUUCGAUACGUGAUUCAAACGAUUAUACAUACUUAUCCAUCUGGUAGAUACUUGAAUGUUUUAAAAGAUGUUAUAAAUAUUUUCAUUUUGAAUAUUAACUGAGAGAUAUUUCAAACGAAUAAGAAACUAUUAUUUUGCCCAGUAUUACUCUAUUUAAGUUUAUUGUACCUACGUACGUGGUGCCGAUGGACGAUAAAUUUCCGAAAGGGCAGAAAAAUUGUGUAUAUAAAGUGUAUUUCAUUUAUUUUAAAUUAAUUUAAAAAAUAAUAUUUAUUUAUUCACAACGAUAAUUAUCACCGUUGAAAUAUUUGUUAAUACGAAAAUAUGAUUUGUGCUUAUUACUUGACUGAAUACAUACAUAUAUCUAUUAGACGAAAAUUCUACGAUAAAUUGAUAGUUAAUGAUACUGUGUAUGAAAAAUAAUUAUAAUAUAUUUGUAACACAGUAAUUUGCAGUGUGCCUUCGAAUAAAGAAUAAAUAUUUAUAGUAUCAUACAUUUGCCAAGUCGAUUAAUUCGUGUAGAGUAUGUUUCGUAUUCCUGCUUCAAAAUAAUAAAAUACAAAGUGCCUUAUAAAUACAUAAAUAUUACCAGUAAACAAAUUGUACUUCGAUUUUUAUCUCUUCAAAGUAAUUUUCUUGCGUCGGUAAAAGAAUUAAAGGAAUGUUAUUCCGGGAAAUUAGAAUGUAAUAAUCAACAUUUCGAUCAUAAUUUAUU